CAACCAGAUGCAGUUCGGUCUCGUGAGGCUGGUGGGCGUAUUCUUGAUUGCCUCCGCCGACGUGGGCUUCGCGGUCUACGACCAGUACGCCGCCGAGCCUCAUGGGCCGCCAGUAUCGUACGUGGCACACCUGACCGGUGCACUGGCGGGCCUCACCAUCGGCCUGCUGGUGCUCAAGAACUUUGAGCAGAAACUGCAUGAACAGCUGCUCUGGUGGGUGGCGCUAGGCGUCUACGCGGCCUGUACCCUCUUCGCCGUGCUCUUCAACAUCUUCAAUUACUGAGCGCCUGAAGUGAGAGCAAAUGGGUCUUUAGCGUCUUGCAACUACUGCGACAGCUUGUGAGCGACCACCGUGUUGGUGCAGUUUGCGCUUGCUGGUGGAGGAGCGUUGACAUCAAGUCAACUCUAAAUUGUGCUUAAAUGGUGUGAGGUUGGAACUGAUACGCUAAAAGACGACAUGCUAUGGCUAGCAACACUGAGUCAGCACAAGAAAAGUGUCUGCCUGUUUUAUAUGUGGAAGCAAAACUUUGAGAAUCAGCAAGAUACUGCUUCCUUACAGGCCAGAGUUGAAGAUUCCUUUGCAAGUCAACGACAGACAAGGGUGGCAGACUCGAAGUUGCCUUUGUUUUAAACAAAUGUAUGACCACAGAACAAACCAAAGAAAUUUGUGAAAACACCGUGAGGACUUUUUAGUGGACUUUGCUGUGUUCCAGUGACUCGUGCAAAGAAACAAGAUAUGGAAGAGGCGUGCUGUUGAUGCUUUCCGAGGCUUUCCACAAGCAUGCAACAGAAACACAAGCAGCAGGGUGUAGACCAUGUGUCGUAGCUUGUGGACUCGUGUCAAAGCGCAGUAUAGCCAGAGAAGAACAUGCUUUAAAUCGAUUGAAUGGCAACAAAGAAUUUCCGAAUGCAUAGAAUGCGUGUGUGCAGGCCUUUUCUAGACUGCCACCAACAUUGAAACAUAUUUAAAAAAAAAAGCUCUAAACCAAAGAGUCAAUGAACUGCUUUUACCAUUUCCAGUGGCUUUAGUAAGCCUACCAUUUCCGGUGGGUUCACUAACCCGACAGAUAAAGCACUGUAAAAGCACCGCCUCUGAAUGCAACAGCACACACUGCCGCACAAAUAGCAUGCAAGACUUCUGGAGCUAUAGCGAGCAACUGUGACAAGCCGAUGAGUUCGAAAUACAAGCCCACUGCCAAGAAAAACAGUACUGCCGCAUGUCUGCUCGCAGCUCAAAUCCUGCCACGAAAAAAAAAGAAAGAAAAAGGAGUCGUCGUACGAACGUGUGUUGAAGCUCCUCAGAGAUCGACGGAGACCUUCUUUUCAACAUCUGGCAGCUACAAGACAAGCAGCUGGGACUUUUGUUUACAGUACUCCAAAUGUGUCUGUGUGUGCGACUGCUGUGUACAGGGUGUGCAAACGAAAGCGAACAAAGUGAAUGCUUUUCCUAGAGCGUGAAGUGUGUGGUGCGCUUUGUUGACAACACUGAAAAAGAAAGGACCCUCUUCGAACUGCAUGGGAAGAUCGAGUGGUACUCCGCAUUUCGUGAGAAUGAGUAGCCAUUGCAAGCAAGGACACAAACUUUGUGAACCCUUGUUUCACAUCCUGCAGUACCGUUCUGGACUAGUGUGCAUGUAUGUGUUCCGCCAUGUGUGCAUUUCGAACUCCCUCUCUCGCCAGACAGAAAAGUGUCUCCAAUUGCUUUGCGCGGCUUUUCUGUACAGCACCUUUUUUUUGUAAGCUCACAAACAGAUAGUCUAUAUUUCCUCAAGGCGUGCUAGCGCAGAUGGUGAGAAUAUAUUUAUUUAGGCCUUGCCCAGAUAUAUCUAUAGACCUUUUAUGACCUCAAUGUCAAUUAUAUUCCAGAAUGUAGUUAUAGAUCUGAUAAAUGAGAUGUGUUUAGAAGCGGCAUGCUGUGUAUACUUUAUUUAUUUAUGAAUUUGGUGCUACGUGUGGCCUCUUUUUUUUUU